CAGUUGUCGACGGUGGACGCACGUAGUGAGGCGGUCCUGAUAAGUGUUCAGAAAAAAAAGAAGUCGUAAUUUUAUCACUUUUGUUGUAUAUAUUUUUGAAUCUAUCUAGGGUAACAGUUAUUAACGUCUGGCUAAAACUAUGGCUUCUUCGGAUGUUUCUCGGCAGUCGGACAAAGGAAUGCGGCCCCUGUCCUUGGCGGGCCAUGUGGGCUUUGACAGCCUUCCAGAUCAGCUCGUCAACAAGUCCAUCUGCCAGGGCUUCUGCUUCAAUAUUCUCUGCAUCGGUGAAACUGGUAUUGGCAAGUCUACCCUGAUGGACACUCUGUUCAAUACUAACUUUGAGAACUUCGAGUCGUCCCACUUUGAACCUCAGGUGAAGCUGCGGGCUCAAACCUAUGACCUACAGGAGAGUAACGUCAGACUGCGUCUUACCGUGGUCAACACUGUGGGCUUUGGAGACCAAAUGAACAAACAAGAAAGCUAUCAGCCGGUGGUGGACUACAUCGACAAGCAGUUCGAGAGUUAUCUGCAGGAGGAGCUAAAAAUCAAGCGCUCUCUUCACAACUACCAUGACUCACGAGUCCAUGCCUGCCUUUACUUCAUCUCCCCCUCAGGUCAUUCACUGAAAUCCCUGGACCUGGUCACUAUGAAGAAACUAGACAGCAAGGUGAACAUCAUCCCAGUCAUCGCCAAAGCUGACACCAUCAGUAAGACCGAGCUGCACAAGUUCAAGAUCAAAAUCAUGAGCGAGCUGGUGAGCAACGGCGUUCAGAUCUACCAGUUCCCCCUGGAUGAUGAGACCGUUGCAAAGGUCAACACUACAAUGAAUGGUCAUUUGCCGUUUGCUGUAGUAGGCAGCACAGAGGAAGUCAGCGUUGGCAAUAAGUUGGUGAAGGCUCGUCAGUAUCCAUGGGGUGUAGUACAAGUGGAGAACGAGAAUCACUGUGACUUUGUGAAGCUGAGGGAGAUGCUGAUCUGUGUAAACAUGGAGGACCUGAGAGAGCAGACACACACUCGCCACUAUGAGCUGUACAGACGCUGCAAACUGGAGGAAAUGGGUUUCAAAGACACAGGCCCCGAGUGCAAACCCGUCAGCUUGCAGCAGACUUACGAGGCCAAGCGGCAGGAGUUCCUGGUGGAGCUGCAGAAGAGAGAGGACGAGAUGAGGCAGAUGUUUGUGCAGAGGGUGAAGGAGAAGGAGUCUGAGCUGAAGGAGGCUGAGAGAGAGCUACAAAGUCGUUUUGAGCAGCUGAAGCGCCUCCACGCAGAUGAGAAAGCAGCUCUUGAGGAGAAGAAGAGACACCUGGAGGAAGACCAGAGCUCCUUCAGCAAGAGACGAGCUGCCGCCCAGCUCCUGCAGGCCCAGAGCCUCACCGCCAACGGCAAGAAGGACAAGGACCGCAAGAAUUCUGGCUUCAUGUGAAGACAUUGGGAUUUCAAGAACACUCCAGUAUGACAGGUAUAACCAGUGACAUUCUGCCCACAUCCUUUUCAGCCCUUUUGUGGCCAGUCUCAAACACUAACCAGGACAACCCCACACAAACCAGCAGUGUGUGCGAGUGUGAGUUUGCUUUUGUGCCAAAGUUUAAUGACUGUACCCAUGAAUCCUGUGUACACUUUCCUCGGUGGUAUUUUUAAAAUUCUUUGUGGCGUUUAUACCUCUUUGUAAUAUUUUAUAUUUAUCUUAUGAUUUUUAUAUAAUUUCAUUGUUAUUUUCUAUGUACGUGCCUCUUCUUUUCUUUUUUUAUACUUCUGCCCAGACUAGGGACCCCUCAGUGUAUUGAUCCUCACACAGCCACACAGCCUCCUCAGUAGAUGCUGUAGGUUUAUUUAAGGACUUGGAUUAGGUACAAACAAUGCAUUGAAAGGGACUUCCUCACUUAACAUUUAAUCUGCCAUAUCGUUGGUGUAUAAUAAGAGAACUCUUCAUGUUUAGUAAUGCGGUAUGAUGGCUUCGAUAAUGAGACAGUCAAACAUCUGUAACAUGCUUGUAAUUUAUUAUAAAGCCUUUUUUAGACAUGCACUUCAUGAGAAGAUUUACAUUUUGUCGAAACGAAUGCCCGAGUCUCUUUUUCAUAAAUGUUGCAGCAGCUGUCCAUCAAUGUCAGGCGAAACACUUCCAUUGGAACUGAAUGAGAAAUGUUAAAUCUACAGUAAGGUGCUUAUCUAAAUUGGAAAAAAAAUCAGUUUAAUGACCACAGCAGUAAUCAAACCACCAGUUUCUCUAAACAUUCAGCUUGCAUUCAUGCCAACCUCUUACAGUAUGAAUAUCCAGCUAAAUGCUUUAAAUACAGCAUGUCAGAACCUAACAGCUAGUUAUACUACAUUUUUGGCAUUGGCAGAUGGUGUAAAAUAAGCAGCAGAGUGUUAUGUUCAAAACAUAAUUGAUGACAUAGACAAAUGUAUCAGGAAAUCUACAGAGUUGGUUGGACUGGUGGUGAGCGGGUCAUAAAUAAUGUUUAAAUAGAGAUGCUACAGAAUAUUUACUCCACGGAGACCUGUGUAUGUUUUGACUGCCAAACAGGCCAUAAAUGUGACAGAUUUGUAGCUAAAUGUUAGAGAAUCCAUGUCUGAAAAGGGCUUCACUGAUCAUUUCUGGAGACAGAUGUAGUGCAUUCAUCAUAAGGAGUUGUCAGAAGCGUGGUCACAGGGCAUUAUAUUUCCUUAUCCUUUUUAUGUAUUUUCUUUCUCCUCCCUGAUGCUUUAAACUUUUAUUAUGAGCACACCAGCUUUUCAAGGAGCCACACAGAUUCUCCUGUUGCUGUUGUUCCAAAGGGAAAUCAAUUUAUUUCUGAACUUAAGCUUCUCUUGUCAGUUUUCUAGGAGGGUGAGGCUGAGGCUCACCUUUGGAUAAGGUACAUGUUACAGCAUAUAUAUUGUCUUUUACUUGCUCCCUUAUUUGUUCCUUCUGGCACAGUUUGCAAUGCAGUCUGUCUCAAAAGAGCUGCUCGUGGGGAAAAUGAAUUCUGUCAAGUCUGUGUUUAAGAGGGGCCUGGGAUGAGAGGGAGGAUGUAUUUUUGACCGUUUAAAAAAAAAAAAAUCCUUUCUUUAUUCACUUCUGUCUGGAGUCAUGAUGAGACAGGGGUUCACACUUCAAAGCAUUUUACAGCACAGAUGCUGGUUUCUAGUAAAGUGUGAUUUUUAUAAACCAACAUUUACUCACAAACACUGCCACUUUAUAUUUACACUAGUGCUUACAAAGUGUUCGUGCCUUAUCUGCGUAAAGCUAUACACUAUCCACUUAACUUGUACAUCCAGGGAAACACACUAAUGGAGAAAAGCUUGUCUAGGAAACAUUUGUAAUACACUUGUAUUUCAGGAAUAAACAGUGUUAUUUGGGAGCUUUUUUUUUUCCUUCUUUCUAAAUAAAUCUUUGUAUUUUUGUUAUGACA